CGUAUCUGCACGUAUAUUUAAAUUGUAAAUAUUUAUGACGGGUGUUUAAAGAAUAUGAAUUCGUCUUUCUUGAUUGUACUAUUGGAUUAUACUAAUUACAUCCCUAGAUAGAUCUAUUCCUAUUCAUAUUAUUUUUCGGGAAUCUGUCAUGAGUGCGAAAUACAGAAUAGACGAACCUUAUUAUUCGGACGCGACAGAAAGUGACCAACGAAAAUCAACAGAAGAAUCUGGUGCCCUAGCGUAUGACAAUGCCAUGUAUCAAAGUGAAUCAGAGUUGAAAAACUAUCACAAAGUGCAAGAAAAUGAAGUACGGAUAACUCUAAACGACGGAAGUGACAACAUAAUUAGUCCCAAUAAUGGACCGAAUAAUAAUGGCACCAAUCAUGCAAACAGGGAUGGGAAAAGCAAGGACAAUCCAUGGAAAGAAGUUUAUUUCGACAGCGUAGAAGAGGAAACAAAAUGGUUAACAUGGAUGGAAUCGCAAUUAAAGAAAAUUGCUGGAAACAAAAGCGAAAUCACUUUACAGCAGUUUAAAAAUGCUAUUGGACUAAAACAGUGUUUCUUCGCGGAACGUUUUUUUGCUUUAUGUGAUUCCAACAACAGUGGGACUACAGAUAUAUUGAACCUGACAUCACCUCUUAUGAAAGUAACAAAAGGGACACCGUCACAGAGGCUGAAGUUCCUGUUUGACUUAUACGAUGUUGACGGUAAUGGCAAGUUGGACAUUGAAGAGCUGAUGACGGUGUUGAGAUGUUGUAUGGAAGAAAGUUCGGUAAAACUUAGCGAAGAUGAUCUAGAAAAUCUAACUGCCGUUUUAUUUGAAUCUGCAGAUACAAAAAAUACUGGAUAUAUCUCAUUUGACGAAUUUAGAAACGAACUUGAAAAACACCCCGGUGUUAUUGAGAAUUUGACUAUAAGCGCAGCGCAAUGGCUGAAACCACAAGACAACAGUAAAAAGAGAACAAAUUCGACUCCAAUCUGUUGCUCCAAACUUUGUUCAAAGAAUUAUUUCGCGAAUAACCUUCGAAAAGUUUUAUUCUAUGUAUGGUACGCAGUAGUGAACAUAGUACUCAUGGGUUAUGCUGGAUAUCUCUAUAGAGAAUCAAAUGGAUUUCUCAUUACCGCACGCGUUUGUGGACUUCCGCUGAACUUUAACUGUAUGUUAAUUCUUAUACUAAUGAUGCGGAAAUCCCUUACGUACCUCAGACUAACAUUUUGGAAUAAUUUUUUACCAUUGGAUCAUAAUAUUUUGUUCCAUAAGAGAGUGGGCAUUAUAAUUUUUAUCCUAUCAAUAAUACAUACUGGAGCUCAUAUUGGAAACGCAGUUGUUGUGGCAGAUGAAGGUGUAUUGACGGUGGCAGACAUCUUGGUUACAGAUGCCGCAGAGCUUGGUACAAUCAUUGGUAGCGCUUAUUUCACAGGUUGGGCUCUGGAUAUCAUCCUGAUUAUAAUGAUAAUAUGUUCCAUGGAGUUUGUUCGAAGAUCAGGACAUUUUGAGGUUUUCUAUUGGACACAUAUUUGUUACAUACCUUUCUGGAUUUUACUAAUAUUCCAUGGGCCAAACUUCUGGAAAUGGUUUAUUGCCCCUGGAUUCAUAUUCAUAGGAGAGAAAAUUUCUAGGUCAAAGUUCGUCAAACAAGCGCGAUACGGGAAAACUUUUAUAGAGGAAGUUUCUUUGUUGCCUUCGUCGGUUACACACUUAGAAAUAUCUCGUCCUGCUAAUUUUGCAUACCAGCCAGGAGACUAUGUGUUUAUUCAGAUACCAGUAGUAUCCAGACAUGAAUGGCACCCGUUUACAAUUAGCAGUGCACCAGAGCUUGAUGGUAGAAUAUGGUUACAUGUUAGAUCUGCGGGAAACUGGACAAAGAGUUUGUACAAAUAUUUUGACCAGUACGAUCCUGGUGAAAAAUAUGAUGAAGAAAUAGUUGCCUCCCUUGCUCCUACUAAUCCAUUAGACCGACGAAUGAGGGUUACUCUCAAACAUGAGACACUAGAACGAGGCACUGUUGCCAUGAGAAGAAGAACUUUAUCAAGCAAAAGAAAAAAAACAAGAUCAUUGGGACCGAAAACUGAUCCGAAAGAAGAAGCACGAGAACGAAGAGUCGCAUUACGUAAUAAAAUAGUCAAAAUACAGUGUUACAUAGAUGGCCCUUACGGUACAGCUACAAGAGAAAUCUUCACAACAGAACAUGCUGUUCUAAUAGGCGCCGGAAUAGGCGUCACACCAAUGGCGUCAAUCUUACAAAGUGUCAUGUAUAAGUUUAAAGCAUCAAAAAGGCAUUGUCCUAGCUGUAGUCAUGAAUGGUUGGGAGAAUUUACUACAGAGGCAAUGAAACUUAAAAAGGUGGAUUUUAUUUGGAUUAAUCGGGAUCAGAAGGCCUUCGAAUGGUUUAUAUCAUUACUCACAGCGUUAGAAGUCGAACAAUCGAUUGGACACGGUGAAGAUAACCCGGAUGAGAAAAUUAUCGAUAUGCACAUGUACAUGACAGCAGCAGUUAAGAAAACGGAAAUGAAAGGAAUUGGUUUACAGAUCGCGCUGGAUCUAAUGCACGAGAAGUCACAACGAGAUUUGAUAACUGGAUUGCAAGUUAAAACACAACCAGGUCGUCCAGAUUGGAAUAAGGUUUUCAGCGAGAUAUCUUCAAAACAGAAAGGAAAAGUCAAAGUGUUUUUCUGUGGAGCUCCUCAAUUAGGGAAAACCAUAAAACUAGCAUGUGAAAAGUUUUCUUUUGAUUUUGCAAAAGAAAAUUUUUGAAUUUUUAAUGGAAGUUAUUUUGUUAGUUUAAUGCCAUUUUAUUCAUGUUACUUAUACAUAAAUAUUUUGUACUUUGUAAUAAAAGACUUUAUUUAU